AUGCCCACCCCACUCGACCGAGCCCUCAACUCAAAGAACAUGGUCCUGGGUUUCGCGGCCCUGAUCUCAGGCGUCGCCAUGUAUUCAAUCUGGGGUCAAGACAUGUUUCCCCGCGAACAGGACCCCGCAGGUGAACCAGAGACAUGGACGGCGGAUCAGCAGAGGAAGUUCUUGGAGAGUAGAGGUCUGGCGACGGGCCCAACUACGACGAGUGCCGAGUUGAUUGCUAUGGUGAGGGCGAAUUUGAAUGCGCCGAGGGUUUGA